CUGACAGCAGGGGCGGGGGUCUCCGCCGCCGCCUUGUCUCGCGCAGGCUCCGGCUGGAGCAGCGGAGCCCCCCGUGAGGCCAUGGACCGGCCCCUGGUGGCGUCGGCGGAGGCGGAGGAGGAACUGGAGUGGCAAGUGGCGAGUCGCAGGAGGAAGGCCUGGGCCAAGUGCCGCGGGUCCUGGCAGGCGUCGGAGACGGAGGACCUGUCCACAGAAGCGACGACGCAGGAGGAGGACGAGGACGAAGAGGAGGACCUCCCGGACACGAAGCUGCCGGCGGCCGCGGGGAGAGGAAACGUGCCCAACGAGAAGAUCGCGAUAUGGCUCAAGGACUGCCGUACCCCUUUGGGAGCCUCACUGGAUGAGCAAAGCAGUAGUACACUCAAGGGUGUGCUUGUGAGAAAUGGAGGAAGUUUUGAAGAUGAUUUGUCACUGGGAGCUGAAGCCAACCACCUCCAUGAAGCUGAUGCUCCAAAUGAAAACUGCAGCAAUAUCUUGGCCAAAGAGAGAAGACUACAGUUUCAUCAGAAAGGGAGAAGUAUGAAUUCCACUGGAUCUGGGAAAAGUAGUGGGACAGUCUCAAGUGUUUCAGAACUGUUGGAACUUUAUGAGGAAGAUCCUGAAGAAAUUCUUUAUAAUCUUGGAUUUGGACGAGAUGAACCAGAUAUUGCUUCAAAAAUUCCUCCCAGAUUUUUCAGUUCAUCAUCAUUUGCCAGAGGAAUAGAUAUUAAAGUAUUUUUGAGUGCUCAAAUGCAACGGAUGGAAGUAGAAAACCCAAAUUAUGCUUUAACGAGUCGUUUUCGUCAAAUUGAAGUGCUUACAACUGUGGCCAAUGCGUUUUCUUCUUUAUAUUCCCAAGUCUCUGGGACUCCCCUGCAGAGAAUUGGAAGCAUGGCCUCAAUAACCUCUAACAAAGAGACAGACUCACCUCCACCUUUAACCCGAAGUAACACUGCAAAUCGCUUAAUGAAAACACUAUCAAAACUAAAUUUGUGUGUUGAUAAAACAGAGAAAGGAGAAGGUAGUACUUCUUCCCCAGCAACUGAAAAAGGAAAGAUUCUGAAUGUUUCAAUGAGCGAAGAAAGUGGCAGUAAAAAUGACCCAAAGUCUCAAAAAAUUGUAAAGAAGAAAGACUCAUCUUAUAUGUUGGCUACAGUUAAAGAAGAAGUAUCAAUUAGUUCAGCAACUAUUACAGAGAAUGCUGACAUUGAGAAACUCUCUGAUGAAGCAAACAGUAAUUUUAACAAAGAAACUGAAAGUGAACAAAGUAAAGAAACUCAAAGUCAUGGUAAACUGGGUGAGGAAUCUGGUAUAGGAUCCGAUUUAGGUAGCGAUGUCAACAUGGCCAGCCACAGUGAGCUGGAAACUAGCAGUGAGGAGAAAAAUGUCCAUGUGUCCAUAGCUGAAAAAGAGCCAUGUGCACCGUUACUGAUCCCAUCCAUAAGAAAUUUCCUACCGCAGAAGGACUCCUUUGAAAUGGAAGAGGUUCAAAGUACGGAGGGAGAAGCUCCUCAUGUUCCAGCCACUUACCCGCUGGGUCUUUCUAAGCCGAAAAGAGAUCAGCUGUUACGUACUGCCAGCCAGCAUUCUGAUAGCAGUGGCUUUGCUGAAGACCCCACAGACUGUGUCUCCCUUAAUCAUCUUCAGGUCCACGAACCGCUGCAAGCCAUGGGGAGUAGCGCCGACAGCUGUGACAGUGAGACAACCGUCACUUCCUCUGGUGAAAACCUUGCCGCACCAGCCGCGCAAGGCCAGCCGCACUCCAAGGAGGCCGAGAAGGAGCUCCUUGUUCCUCCGCAGAAGGAAAGUGGGAAGGCGGCAGCAGCUGCUGAUGAAGGAGGGUCAGAUAGCCAGGGUUCCCCCCAGCGCGGGACUGUUGAGAAGCCAGGAGAGGGAGAGCCCACCUGUGGGGGGGAGACGCCGGGUCCUGAAGGUACCGAAAGGAAAGCAGAUGCGUCUCCAGAACAGCCAGAGGAACUGCAGCGGGAAGCGAGCGCGGACAGCGAUGUGGACAGAAGCACGGAGUGUGAGUUUGUGCAGUAUACCACACACCAUAUUCUUAAGUCGUUGGCUUCUCUUGACGCUAAAGGCGGCGAGAAGGGCUCUGAACAUAAUACGGGGCCUCCCUCUUCUGUGGACAGAGUUAACACAGCUUUGCAGAGAGCUCAAAUGAAGAUCUGCGGUCUGUCUAAUCAAAGAGUAGGGCGUAGCCUGAUAAAAUCGAAAGACCUGUUAAAACAGAGGUACUUACUUGCAAAAGCUGGCUACCCUCUCAGAAGGUCUCAGUCUUUACCAACCACCUUGCUGAGCCCAGUGAAGGUUGUGUCGUCUGUCAAUGUUCGACUGUCCCCAGGAAAAGAGACCAGAUGCAGUCCACCUUCCUUCACCUACAAGUACACACCUGAAGAGGAACAGAAGUUAGAAAAAGAGGUGAUUGAGCAUGAUGGUCAGUCUUUAGUUAAAUCCACUAUUUUCAUCUCUCCAUCCUCUGGGAAGAAAGAAGAAGUCCCUCCGAGAGAGGCGAGCCCGUUGGAGGAGUGUCAUCAUCUGAGGACUCCCUCCUGUUCCCUGUGUGCGCCAGCACUCAUAUCUCAGUCCACCUGCUCCCUUCACUCGCUUCACUCCGAGUGGCAGGAACGGCCCCUGUGUGAGCACAUGAGGACUCUGAGCACUCGCAGUGUCCCCAACAUAUCCGGUGCCACCUGCAGUGCCUUCACGCCUCCCCUGGGGUGUGCUUACUCACAUAGACAUGCUGCCUCGCCUUACCGAGCAGGCUCUGUGAACCCUCCUUCUGCCAUCGAAAUGCAGUUGCGAAGAGUGUUGCACGAUAUCAGAAACUCACUGCAGAAUCUUUCACAGUACCCCAUGAUGAGAGGACCUGACCUUGCUGCUGCUCCUUACAGCCCUCAGAAACCAUCUGUUCUACCUCUUUAUGAAAAUACUUUUCAGGAGCUCCAGGUGAUGAGACGGAGCCUGAAUUUGUUCAGAACACAAAUGAUGGAUUUAGAAUUGGCGAUGCUACGUCAGCAGACCAUGGUGUAUCAUCACAUGACUGAGGAGGAAAGGUAUGAAGUUGAUCAGCUCCAGAGUUUGCGAAAUUCAGUCCGAAUGGAACUUGAAGACCUGGAGCUGCAGCUGGAGGAGCGUCUGCUGGGCUUGGAGGAGCAGCUGCGCACCAGGCACCUUCCUUCCUCCUUCCCCUCCGCGGCACUUGUGGGUCUGUAUGGCAGUAGAAGUGCUGACAACUUGUCCUGCCCGUCUCCACUGAACGUAAUGGAACCAGUCACUGAACUGAUGCGGGAACAGUCAUAUCUGAAGUCGGAACUAGGUCUGGCACUUGGAGAUACGGGAUUUGAAAUUCCUCCUGGAGAAAGCUCAGAAUCUGUUUUCUCCCAAGCAACUUCUGAGUCGUCGUCUGCAUGUUCUAGUCCCUUUCAUCCUAACAGAAGAACUGGAGUAUCUUCUAGUGACUCAGCACGCAAACCCAAGACCCAUCGGGUAUCGAGCAAGAAAGUGUUCCGAGCCUCAGUGGCCCUCACACCGACGGCUCCUUCUCGAACAGGCUCUGUGCAAACGCCUCCAGAAGUGGAAAGCUCUGAGGAAGUUGGUGCAGCUGAAGAAGCUUCAGAGGCUGUAGGACCUAAAUCUGAAGUGGAAGAAGGGUGUGGAAAAAUCCCAUUGAUGCCAGCUGCUGAGGAAGUGCAUAAAAAUGUGGAGCAAGAUGAGUUGCAGCAAGUCAUACGGGAGAUUAAAGAGUCUAUUGUUGGGGAAAUCAGACGGGAAAUAGUAAGUGGACUUCUGGCAGCAGUGUCUUCAAGUAAAGCAUCGAAUUCUAAGCAAGAUAGUCAUUAAAUGGAAUUAAUAGGUUGGCAUGGAUCACACUAGCUGUGUAAUAUUGGAGUUAGCAUGGUCUACACUGGUGGAGGUGUUAUUACGCUUCAGAAGAUACUUGCUGCUGAGCAGGGCUGCUGUAUACAGUGUACAAUGUUUAUUUCUUCUAUGCAUAUCUUUUUAAAACCGUACAUAGAAACUUAGGCACUUUGCUGACUUUAUUUCUCUCCUAAACUGUCAAAACUGUAGCCAUUUGAAAAGCCUAAUAUUUAUUUGUAUGUCAAUAUUUUCCAAUUGAUUCCCUAUGUAGAAUUAAUUUUAAAACUUGAAAGCUUCCAGACUUAACCAACAUAUAAAUAACAUAUUUCUUUAGACUAGCUUCCUUAAACACUGACCUCUAUGAGGUAUUUACUGUGCAAUAACUGAUUCAUUUUUUGAGAGCUUGAACCAACCAAUGAUUUCCCCUCUACUGCUGUUAAUUAGUGUCACUUCCAAGAAGAAAAUUUGUUCUGUUGUGAAAAUUUGCUCUUAGUUCUUGAGGAAGUUACUAUUAGCAGUAGGAUAGAAUUCUCAUAUGAGGUUUCCUGCAACUACUUAAUGUUCUUACACUGUAAGCAUUGUUGCUUUAUCCAAGACAAAUGUAAUUUUAUUAUGGCUUAUAUAGUAUUUUUCUUUUUGAAACUGUGUCUUAUAUUAAACACUAUGUACUUUUUACAUUGUCCAGACUUCUUUAUUAUAAGGAGAUGUUUCUUAUUCUGUCUUUUAGACUAAAUAGUUGAAAAUUUCCAAAAUAAUGGAGCCUGUGACUUGAAUGGGUAGAAAUAAAUAAGCUGUUUUCUGGGUAUUUUUUUUUUGUUUGUUUGUUUGUUUUUUUUUCAAAAUGGAAGUAAUUUAGAUCUGUUCUCUUUACAGUAGAUGGUUUUAGUUCAGUUUUAACCAUUGAAAACUGUUUUUAUGGGGAAAAAAGAGGAAAAUGGUUUCCUAUUUGGUUAUAUAUGUGUUAAAUAAAUAUGUAAAGUAACAACCAGAUGUUAUUAGAAUUAUUUCCUUAGCAUUUAUAAUUUUCAACUCCUAGAAUAUUUC